GCUCGCUGCGAGCGAGGAUAAAGUAAUAAGAGGAGCGAUACAAAUAAUAAUAUUUGCUUGUUUUUCGCCUUUACUUUUCAAGGAUACGAUCCAAGUUAUCUCCACCAUCAACAGCAUUCCCACACAUAAGUGCGGAAAUAACGAACUCAGACCAUGGCGUCAACAUUACCACAGUACUACAAGAUUUUGGGUGUGGCACCUACUGCUACAGCGGACGAAAUCCGAACAGCAUAUAAGAAAGAAUCUUUGAGAAGUCAUCCUGACCGAUUACCUCAAACCGCGACUCCUCAGGAGCGUAGGAAAGCCACCGAGAGAUUCCAAGUUGUCUCAGACGCCUACUACGUUCUCUCGGACCCUGGGCGCAGAGCGGAAUACGAUGCUCUCUUCCGUUCUCGACCCUCCUCAGCCUUUACAGAAGACAACGCUUCAGAAUACGAACAGGCACAAGCGUCUGGAAACUUUUUCCAAAACUUCGCCCAAUUCUUCCAGAAUGCCAGCGCCAGUAAUGCAGCGGGUGACGAUACCAAAGAAAGCGCUGGAACUGGUGCGGGUACUGGCAGAAGACCUAAUGCCGAUAACGUCUUUGGCGACGUCUUUGAAGAGAUGCUGGCUCCCGAAGUGUCACAUGUGAGACCAUGGUGGUCAUGGGUCGGUGGCACAUCCGGUGCCGCAUUAGGUUACAUUGUGGCCAACGUCCCAGGGGCCGUGGCAGGUGGGUUUGCGGGGAAUAGGUUGGGAGCUAUUAGGGAUGCCAAAGGAAGAGCAGUUGGAGAGGUUUUCAAGGAUCUUGGUGGUGCACAGAAAGCAGAAAUCCUUCGAGCGCUGGCGUUCAAAGUUCUUGGAAGCAUGGGUUAGGGCUGUAUAUGUUAGAGCUGUAUCUUGAAGAUUAAUAGCGUUGUUUCGAGAGUAGUAGUAGGACCAGUUUUGUACUUUUGAUGUUCUACGUAGAUGUUCAUGCAAAUGCAAAUGG